GAUAUCAGAUGUCGCGCUGACGUCACUGCUAGGCGUGUGAUACCGGAAGUAAAGAUGGCGACUGCCUACGAGAGAUUCAACCUGCACGCGACCCCCGACAAGUUUUACAUCGAGGCCUGCGAUGAUGGUGCGAGUGAUGUCCUGGUCAUCGACAGGGUCUCCACAGAAAUGACCCUUGCAGGUGUUACAGAUAUUCCUCCGUCAGGAGUAACCAGGCCCAUCUGUGGCAUCAUGGGAACCAUUCGGCUGGUGGCCGGAGUGUACCUGAUCGUCAUCACCAGGAAGAAGAAAGUCGGCGAUCUGUUUGGACACACGGUGUGGAAGGCGGUGGAGUUCGACCUGAUUUCAUACAAGAAGACCGUUCUGCACCUCACAGAGAACCAGAUGCAGGACAACAAAACGUUCCUGUCCAUGAUCAACAACGUCCUGAACACCGACGGCUUUUACUUCUGUACCGACUACGACCUGACGCACACGCAGCAGCGCCUCUCCAACACCAGCCCCGACUUCCAGGAGAUGAGCCUCCUCGAGAGGGCUGAUCAGAGGUUUGUUUGGAAUGGACACAUGUUGAGAGAGAUCAUCGCCCAGCCAGAGCUACACAAGUUCGCCUUUCCGGUCAUCCACGGCUUCAUCGUCAUAAAGCCGUGCAGCAUCAACGGCAAGAUCUUCGAAUGGAUCCUCAUUUCCAGGCGGAGCUGUUUCCGAGCUGGCGUGAGAUACUACGUCAGAGGGAUCGACUCAGAGGGCCACGCUGCUAACUUUGUGGAAACGGAGCAGAUCGUGCAGUAUAGUAACAGCAGAGCUUCCUUCGUGCAGACCCGAGGCUCGAUGCCGUUCUUCUGGUCGCAGAGACCCAACCUGAAGUACAAACCCAAGCCUCAGAUCAGCAGCACCACCAACCACCUCGAUGGAUUCCAGAGGCAUUUCGACUCCCAGGUCCUCAUUUACGGCAAGCAAGUGGUUCUGAAUCUGGUUAAUCAGAAGGGUUCGGAGUUGCCCCUCGAGCAAGCUUUUGCCAAACUGGCGAACAACAUGGACAACGGGAUGCUCAAGUACAUAGCGUUCGAUUUCCAUAAGGAGUGCAGCAAGAUGAGGUGGCAUCGACUGCAGAUCUUGGUGGACACUGUGGCCGGGACGCAAGAUGAAUUCGGGUGCUUCAUGUUGAGCUCGGACAGGAAGGUGGUGUCCGAGCAGACCGGAACGUUCCGCAGCAACUGUAUGGACUGUCUGGAUCGUACCAACGUCAUUCAGAGCCUCCUAGCCAGGCGAUCGCUUCAGAACCAGCUCCAGAGGAUGGGAGUUCUCCAUGUCGGACAGAAGAUCGAGGAGCAGGCUGAUUUCGAGAAGAUUUACAAGAACGCCUGGGCUGACAACGCCAACGCGUGUGCUAAACAGUACGCUGGCACCGGAGCUCUGAAGACCGACUUCACCAGGACUGGGAAGAGGACUCACUGGGGUUUGCUGAUGGACGGCUGGAACUCUGCCAUUCGCUACUACAAGAACAAUUUCUCAGAUGGCUUCAGACAAGAUGCCAUCGAUCUCUUCCUGGGAAACUACAGUGUGGAUGAAUCUGACGCACCGACACCUCUGCAUGUCCAGAAAGACUGGAAGUUCCUCACGCUGCCCGUCAUCAUGCUGGUGGCCUUCUCCAUGUGCAUCCUGUGUCUUCUCAUGGCUGGUGAUACGUGGACCGAGACAGUGGCGUACGUGGUGUUCUGGGGCACGGCCAGCGCCCUCACCGCUGCCGUCAUGCUCUUCAACGGGAAGGAAUUCGUGGACGCGCCCAAACUGGUCCAGAAAGAGAAGAUGGACUAAACAUGAGCAGAUCUGCCGUCCUUUCUCUUUCUCUUUCUUCUCUUUCUUCUCUUUCUUCUUCUGUCCUGGCUGAAUCAGACACGGAUCAUGAUCUGAUCUGAUCUGAUGUGCACACUAUAGAAAGCAAUCUAUUAACCCAGCUGGCACAGGUAUUAUUCCACUCCACAGCUUCACACUUCACAUCGACGGGAGUCUCCACCGCACGAACUCAUGCAAUCCAAAGUAAAUCGUGAUUAUUAUUUAGUGAAAUUGUUCCAUCGGUAGUCAGGACCGUACUGAACGGUGCAUGGAGGACUAGCAUUGCUCGACACAGAGAUUUACAAUUAACUCUAUAUAACUAAAGCUAGUCCUCCAGUAUCAGGUUCAGAAGUUUAUACACACUUGUACGGAUCGUGUAUGUGAUUUUCUGGAACUGAAUCUCACUAUCGAGCAAGUAAGAAGCUCCAUCUGCAAAACAAAAACACUGACUUUAGGCUUGACUUGAGUUUGUUGUUUAUCUCCUGGACCAAAAUAAAUAAACAGAUAAAAACAGUAACGAAAUAAUUCUUGCAUAAUGAACGCAUGCUUCAGCAGCUUCUAAUUUAUAGCGUUACCCAUUUCUGGUGCUUCUUAGACUAUCCUAGAAACCCUGGAUAUACAGAGUCGACCCAGUGUUUCUAGGAUAGACCCUGGACUCACAGCAUUCCUUACCGGGAUCAAUUAUCAGUAAAAUGACGCUGAUUGUUGAGGAACGAGGUUUUGAACAGUCUGAGCACCUUCAUAGUCUUGACGGUUUUUUUAUGGGCGCAGUCAAACUCGCCUUGUUUAUUUGGGCACCCAGAAGUCCUCGGCCCUCGUCUAAAGUCGGUCAUAAUUGCGGAUGAGGAUUUAGGAGGCCAUGCAGCAGAGUCAAGUCACACUGGAGCUUUAGACACCGCUAAAUUAGGCAUCUAAUAUACUGUUCAUUAACUGAUGGCAAGGAAAUACGCUGUUAGUAAUGGACUCGGAUUAUUAAGCUUCGGUAGUGUGCAGUGGAGACGCUCUAUAGUACCGCUCUAUACAGUAGUACCUCUCUAGGGUGGUUAAAUGUUGAUCAAUAUGCAGAUAUAAUAUGCACGGUUGGUGAGUUCUGUGUGUAGCGAGUGAGAAAUGAAGGAUAUCUCUUCGGAGUGUUACGUACAUGCACCUGAAUGUCACUUUUACUGUAUCAGGAGCUCUUAUUUUGUGUUGAGAUGCUGUAACAAUGUCCCACAGACUUAAAUCAUCAUGAUUCCUUUACUGGUCGCUGUUCUUCCAUCUUUUCUAGUUAAAGAAAUACAAUCCAACAUCUGUAGUGUGUGAGCCGUUACCACAGUCAGUAAUUUAAUACAGUUGAGAACAUACUGAGAAAAACCUUUAAUGAAGGCUUGCGCCCUGCCCUUCAGACGAUCAGUGGACUCACAGCGUUCCUGACCGGGAUAGAUGCUGAUUUGUAUGAGGAACAAGGCUUAGAAUGACCACAGCAAUCCAUGACUGCAUGUGGAGUAUAAACAGCAGGACCAGGAGCUUGUGGUGCUUCAUUUACAAUUUUAAGACAAUCGACUAAAAGCAUCGUUUAAUCAUAUGAAACGUUUGACCCCGGCACCAGAUGCCUUUAUUCAUGAGUUUCAGUACAGUAAACAGGUCCUAACAGCAUGUGAUCAUGGUAAUAGUGCAAACGCUACAGAUGUGGUGGACAGACGUUCUGGAGAAGUGCUUCUGUUUUCCAUUAGUCGACGUGUUUGACUGGUAGAACUGUGUGUUAGUGCAUCGUAUAAACACAAGCUGUGUGUGUGUGUGUGUUUGUUUAGAAUGAAACCUUCAGCACUUUACUGAUUAUUCCCGUUAAUGGACCACAACACUAGAAGAAAUAAGGAACGUGUAGGAACGUGUACAUUCCUGUCUUUAAACCGUUAUACUGGUUUGAAUUUGUUGUAAAACAUAAUGCAAUUUGAAAAUCAGGGUUGUGUAAUGAUUUUUUCUGAUGUUCGUGUUUGUUAAUUGUUUAAGAUGAUCAUUAAAAUGACCUGUAUGUUUAAGUGACACUUGCCUUAUAUGGUCAAAGCUUCCUGUACUGAUAAAUAUCCACAAUUUACGGGCCAAAUUUAUCCUUUCCGUUACCAAAAAUGACCCUCCAUUUGUCGUAACACCUCUGAAUAAUUAGCACCCGUAUGCUCAGUAUAUUAAUUAGACAUUUCCUGACCCGUGGCAUCACUCAGCACCUCAUCUGUGCCCAAACUGCCCCGAAUACUCACUCGUUCUAAUAUUGAUGCCAUUUCGAGUGGCCAGGCUGUGUUGAGCUGCUAGCUGUGGUGUACGUUUGCAUCGGAUCAGUAUUCAGAUCUCUGUCUCUGAAUGUUAUAGCUUUAUGAAGGUCUUCCAGCUUAGUAAUAUGUACUACGGUAAGAGUUUGGGCACGUAGCCUUGUCUUGAAACCGUCUGGGCUUUAUUUGAUGAUAAUUUAGGAACGUUUAUCAGGGUCUUCCUGCGAGAAAGACACAGCAAAGCACACAGUUACACUAAACACUAAUCUUUAAGAAAUACACUAUAUGGACAAAAGUAUCCGGACACCUUACGGCGAGCUUUUUCGGACACCCUAUUCCAAAACCAUGGGCGUUAAAAUGGCAGCACUGCCACCCUGUUACUCUGUUGAGUAAAAGGCCUGUGGGAAUUUAUGCUUAUUCAGUCGAAGGAGCACUUGUGAGGUCAGGGUUAAAGGUCAGGGCUCUGUAUAGUUUCACCAAACCAAACUUUGUGCACAGUGAAACACAGAGAAACGUCACACUAGAGGAAAGGGAUGGAAAUUACCUCUCUCAAACUGCUGCCACAUAUUUAAAAGUACAUACAGAACUGAUUUUAUACAUCUGAUAGGAAUGUGCAUGUUUAAAAUAUCUAAACUCUGUAAUUACAAGGGGUGUCCUAAUACUUUUGUCCGUAUAGUGUACAUUUCAGGCAGUAUGAUGAACCUGUCCACUCACGCACACUUAUUCUCUGCUGGAACACUGCACAACGAGGCCGGGGUUUGUAAAUUGCACGGUAGAAGGAAGAAUCUGUAAUAAAUAUGUCGUAGUUCUGUACUGUACUGUAUAGUUUACAAUAGACUCGGUGUUAAAUCACCUCGGAUGGAUCAGAAGGUGUUAGGAACGUGUGUUUGAGACAAUGUGUGUGAUCAGAUCCACUGUACGAUCUUUACAGUAUGAGUAAGUAUGAAUGUAAUGAAACACGUGUCUCUGUGUUUUUGGACUCUUCUCACUGUUCUGGAAAUGUACUCGGCUCAGAAAAAUCAUGUAUCAAAUUACUUUGUAAUAAAAUAUUUGAUGACUGUG